CACGUCGUUAGAUUAUUUUUUAUUUUUUUUUCAAGCAUUGCGGAAAAAUCUCAUUAUUCCAAUCAUUUUCUUCUUUCCACGAAUUCACCGUCUUCCCAUUUUCAAAUCACAAAUCUAAGUCGUCCAUUAUUAGAAUUCAAGCUUCCGUUCUCUUGUCGACGCAUCGCCCCUUCCACUAUGAUGAUUGAUGACCUAAAUAAUCCUCUCCGUUUCUCUGUCGUUGUUUCUUCUUCCAUCCCUUUCUUGGCUCUUCUAAACCAAGCCAGAAACCGGAAUCCUUCCUUUCUUAUCACAAGUGAAAUACAACAUAGUGAGCCCAAACACCGAUCCGGCCCAGGCCCACAAUUUAUUGAGAACUUGAGAUGCAAACAGGCGCAUUCAAAUUUUGAAAUCCCACAAAGAAAGAGAAUUCUAGAGAGAGAGAGAGAGAGAAGGAAAAUCAGAACAGAGAGUCAUUACAACCGGCGGCAGUGGCAAGGAUGAUGAAGUCGUACUACAAGCAGAAGAAACCCAACCGGAGCGACGCCGUCGGCAAACCCUCAAAGUCAAUCAAGAAGAAAUCCCCGGCCGCCUUGAUCACUUCUCCCCACGGCGCUCCCCAUCUCCAAGAGGAUGUGGAGAAAUCCGAGCAGGUGCUGAGGGAAUUUGACAUGAACAUGGCCUACGGACCUUGCAUCGGAAUGACGAGAAUGGCCCGCUGGCAGCGAGCUCAACGCCUGGGCCUCGAUCCUCCCGGCGACGUCAAGAAUCUCCUGGACUCGGGCAAAACCGAGACGAAGAGCCUCUGGGACGAUCGUGUCUAGAAAGAAACCCUAACUUGUCCG